AGUGUGGGCAAAGUGUUGACAGUACAGGGAAGGAAACACCCAACUACGGGCUGCUUGACAUUUUUUCGCUUUUGCUUCUCGGACAUUGAAACAAUUAUCACAAGCGCUGUGUGUCGUAACCAUGCAGUCUACGGAGGGUGAGACAGACACACUACCUGGUGCUUUAUGACUACGGCAGGAUGAGCUGUUUGCCUCUUGUUCUUUAUCUCCUAUUGCUUAUUGAUUCUGUGCUUGGUUCCCUUCUUGCUCCGGUCAAUCUUUCUAUCAACUCUCUCAACUUCCACCAUGUGCUGCGUUGGGAUCCUGGUCCCGGCACGCCACCAGGAACACGCUACAAGAUCAUCAGCAGGGUGAACAAAAAAGAAUGGCUACAGUCUACUAAGAGAACAUCAUUAAAGAUAAGGCUUCCACACUUCGACAGGAAUUAUGCCGUGACUGUCCAGGCGUUCUACAACCAAAGCGUGUCUCCAGAGUCCAUAGCACUCUCCUUCGACCCUUCAAGAGACACCAAAAUAGGUCCUCCAGAAGUCUCCCUGACUGGAUGUGGAUACUGCAUCCAAAUCAACAUUUCACUCCCUAAAGCUGAACGUGGCACAAAAAUCAAGAAUCAAGAUAUCAAGGCAGUUUUAAAUCCUGUAUUCGAAAUCUUGUGGAAGAAACCUAAAGGAGAUGAGGUGUCCAUCGAAACAACAGACAGCCUUUAUAACCUGACCAACCUACAGUUUGGUACGGAGUACUGUGUAAAGGUGCACCCGAAGAUUGCUGGGAACAUAAACACCUUACCAUCCGAUUGGAAUUGUACCUUCACUAGCAUUGUGGAACCAAGAGACCUUUUGGUUUUAGGUGCAGUUGCUGCUUUUCUGAUUUUGGCUGUCGGUGUCCUGAUGAGCUCCAUGUUUUGCCUCCACUACACUGGAUUCCUUUGUAAACUGAAUGCUCUGCCCAGAGUACUACAUGAUGCUCUGAGCCAAGGCUACACCCUGACACCAGAGAGAACAAUCCCUGACAAUAUCUCCAUCAGCGCAAGGGUGAAGAAACAGAGAAACCUCAACCCUCCCAGAACUCCAAAACCUGCCACCAGGGGCAGUAACUCGGAGGAGGAGGAUGAAGAGGAAGAAGAGGAAGAGGAACACGUCUAUAUGGACAGAGCUGUAGAGCUUUCCUCAGGUGAAAGUUCCUGCCAAAACUCUGUUGAUGUGUUGGGGAACAGCAAGGUGGCUGCAUCAGGGGGCUCGGCGAGUUUGACAGUAGAGACAGAGGUACCGGACACAGAGGUUGAGGUCACACGCGGGCGCCUUGAUCGAGACGAGGAAAAAGCUGAAGGAGCGGAGGUUUCUCUCAUGCCUGAGAUACAUGUCACAGUUGAAGUGCAUGAGCCGGAGGAUAAGGAGGAAGUGUGUGAGAGCUCAGGCAAUAUAAAUCUGUUCUCAGUCACCCUCGCUGCACUGGCUGUAUGCGAGGAAGGGGAGGAGGAGGAGGAGGAGCAGAAUACAAGAGAUUCUCUCGCAGACUUCUUGUCCGAUCUGGAGCUUCUACUGCCCGCAGACUCAAAAUGGACUUUGAGCCACAGAGACUCACAAACUGAGUCAGAUGAUCAGACAACACAAGAAGACUUCACUGCGACUGGGUCUGAAGGCAGACACGCACACAAUUUUUCCUGUGACGGUGAGCAUCAAGAGACACAGGAGGAGGAGGAGGAGGAAGAGGAAGAGGAAGAGGAGAAGGAUGAGGAAUUCUCUGGAUAUAUGAGACACACAUGAUAAGUUGCUAUGACGUGUGUUACUGUAUGUGUAUAAGUAGCAUUAAUGAAUUUCUUUCCAGCAAGAACAUUCCAUUCUUUUUGAGGGAAAGUUGUAACUGAACUAUUUGAACGUAGUUUUGGUGCUCUGAUUUCCUAAUAUUAAGGAAAAGCAAGGACACAAGACAUGAAUACAUUUCUCCUGCAGCUACAAUGCCAUGGUACCCACCUGCACUUCACAGUUUUUAAAGCCUGAAACUUUUCUGAGAGCUCGGCUAUAUACGACUUAAUAAUAUAAAAGCCAAACAAAUAAAGAUACCUCACAUUAGCCAAAGCCAAAUUUGAUAAAAGAAUGUUAUAUGAUUAUAUUUCACAGCAGCCAUUUUGGUCUGUCAUAGUAGGAAAAGCACAGAAGUUACUAAUAAAGAUGGCUCCGUUCAAUCCAAGUGUCCCAGUAAGCCGCGAGCCACAAUGAGCCAACAUGCCCAAUACGACUGAAGCAGAUCAAUGGAAUUCAGACAUUAUUUUUUUUAUUUACACCUGUGCUUUUGUUCUGUUAAAAACCCUAUAGUACAACCCUCAUCAAAACUCAACUCUUCAAUCAUACAACCAUCUCAAGUUCACUGAUGCCGUGAACACUCACAAGUUCACAAAUGGGAAUAUCUCCCAUCUAUUUUAUAUACCCUCCUUUGGGCAUUUUCCAACAAUUUGGAAAUUAAAAGAGCUCACUGAAGGAGGUCACACCAGAAAGGAAAUGGUACUGUAUAACUUGAGAGACUAACCAUAGACUGUACAUAAAGAGAUGUAAACAGUGGAGUUUUUGGCUAUGAUGUGAAUACAUGUGUAUGCUGUUCCCUUACAAUGCUGAAUGUUAGAUGCUGUUCUUCAUCAAAAUUGCCUGAGUAGUUGUAAUCUUAAUUUUGCACACCACUGAUGGUUAAUUAUUGAACAAUUCUUGCCUCUAUGCGUUGCAAACAACAGCUGAAGCUGCGCUCACUGCGCUCCCUCCCUCCCUGUAUUCUACAGUACUUCUACUAGGUCACGUGAUUUCCUAUCAAGAACCCUGUUGUCAGACGCUGCCUUCACACACCGCCGGACAAAUAUAAAUCACCUCAACGUGAAGGGGUGUAGAUACUAGAUCGGAUCCGAUAGACGUAUCGACGUCAAAGGACGUGCCUCGUGGCCCGCCUUAUUCUGCCUUGGCUUACCCUGGUAUUCCUACGUCGACCAUUCUAGCAGAUCCGAUUUAGAAUAUACCACGGCCCCAAAAGCCGCAAAAUACAACUGAUUGUUUUCAUAACAUAAACAUAAAUUUGAAGGUGCAGUCAUGUCACCACCUGUCUGCUGGAGAAUGCUUGCUGAUUACUAUGUUUUCUAUUUAUUUGUAAUUGUGUAAAAUACUUUAACAAUGGCCUAUUUUGUUGUGUGUCUUGUUUUUAUGUUGUAAAUUAUUGCUGUUAAAUUUGUAGAUGUCACAUUUUCUACAUUCUACCUUAGUAACAAAACACAUUCCUGAUGUACAUCGUCAUUCUUACAUACGGAGAAAGUUGCUCUAUUCCUGAAAAUUAAAGCAACGUUAUAGC